AAUUUAUCUCACGCUCCUCGCAGUUCAGUGUGAGUCAUCCGUAUAUAAGGAUCGUUAUUUCGCUAACCGUGGUUAAAAAAUUAACACGAAUUAAAUGCUUGCCCAGUGUACACAAAAUAAACGUCAAGUGAUAACAGUAUCUGUGCUCUCAAUCACGAAGUAUUCUAAUCUCCAGGAUUCAGUAGCGAAGUUUAAAAAUGAAAUUCUUUAUUAAGCCUACAUAGAUUUUUCAGCGUUUAUCUCCUGUGGAACCAUCAAAGUAGAGUUCAUCCUAAUCUUGAAUCUGACCUGCAUGGUCUAAGACUUGAACAUAAAACCACCCAGGUACAUUUCAAACGCAGUGAUAACUGGAGGUUGCAAUAAGUGCAUUAAGCGAAGUAAAAUGGAGGAAGAAAAGAAACUUUAUCCCAACUAUGACAUGGGUAUAUGGUUUCGGACGUGCGAGCAAGAGAUCACUGAACCUUUGAAAGGAAAACUGACAGCAACUAUUCCAUCAUGGGUACAAGGUACUCUUUUGAGGAACGGUCCUGGAUGUAAGAAAAUCGGAGACUGUCAGUACCAACACAUGUUUGAUGGGAUGGCAAUAAUACACAGAUUCGCCGUAAAAGAUGGCCAGGCUACCUACCAGUGCAAGUUCCUGGAAUCUGACGUGUACAAAAAGAACACUGCUGCCAAUCGAAUCGUGGUCACGGAAUUUGGGACCCAGGCUGUUCCAGACCCCUGCCGUACUAUUUUUGACAAAAUAUCAUCAAUGUUCAACUUCACCAUAGAACAGACGGACAACACAGUGGUGUCCGUGUAUCCUUUUGGUGAUCAAAUCUAUGCCAUGACUGAAGUACCCGUGCUCUAUCAAGUGGACCCGAAAAGUCUGGAGACGUUAGAAAAAAAGCGUCUUCCGGAGCCCCUGAUGAUAGUCUUUCACACAGCUCAUCCCCAUGUGAUGCCUAAUGGUGAUGUCUAUAAUGUUGGUUUGAGCACUGCCAAAGGUUAUGUCGUAGUGAAGUUUACCAACAAUGGAAAAGGCAACAUGUUUGAGACGGCAGAGAUCGUGGGCAGUGUCAAGCCAAGAUGGAAACUCAAUCCAGCCUACAUGCAUUCGUUCGGUAUAACCGAGAACUACUUCGUCAUCAUUGAACAACCCUUAUGCGUUUCUUUGGUGAACAUGAUGCGUCGAUACAUCAUUUCUGGACCAUUCUCUACCACUCUGGUCUCCUAUCCAGAAUACGAGACAAAAGUUAUCCUCAUCCAUCGGGAGACUGGUGAAACAACUCAGUACACCACAGACACAUUAUACUUCAUGCACAUAAUUAACAGCUUCGAGCAAGACGGAAAAGUGAUGCUCGAUUUGUGCUCGUACAAAGAUGGAAAAGUCCUUGAUGCCAUGCAUCUGGAUGCUAUCAAGUCAAUGCAAAGUAACCCAGACUACGGCCAAUGGGUCCAGAGUCGACCCAAGCGCAUAAUCAUCCCGCUCGAUGCACCCCCGAUGUCUAAAGUUGAAGCUAAACUUCUUGCCGAUAUUGGAAUUGAAGCACCGAGGAUCAAUUACGAAUUCAAUGGACGACCGUACAAAUAUUGCUAUGGAAUCGGUUCUGAUGUAGAUACAGGGUAUAGUGGAAUACUUAUAAAAGUGAAUACCGAAACAGGGAAGUUCAUAAUAUGGCACGAGCCGCAUACCUAUCCCAGCGAGCCUAUAUUCAUUCCUCAUCCAGAUGCAAAGGAUGAGGAUGACGGCGUUGUGCUCAGCGCAGUAUUGUGGGGUAAAGACGACCACAAAGUUACAUUGCUCGUGUUAAAUGCAAAGAAUUUAGAAGAAAUUGCGAGGGUAGAUUUCGUUACCCCCUCGCAGGCUCCUCGAUGCUUCCACGGCUGGUAUUUGCCCGACCAGUCUUCAGUAAAAUGAAUAAAUUAUACUAUCUAUUAUUUAUUUGCGACUAUUAUUAAUGGGUUGAAAUAAAUUUUACCAAUGUCCAGUUGGGGUGGAUUUUUAAAUGGA